AUGGACGUCGGGACCGGUAUACGGGUGGUCCGUGGUCCCGACUGGGGGAGAGGGAACGAGGAUGGUGGCGAGGGAUACUUGGGGACUGUUGUUGCUGGAGGAAGGGUUGACGGCGCAGAGGACGGUAGACAUGAUGUAGCCACUGUUCAGUGGGACGUGGGUGGAGAGAGACACGUGUACCGCUGUGGUGCUGGUGGAAAGUACGACCUGCGAGUGAUAGACAGCGCGCCAGCGGGUGUAGUUCACAGUCACCUGGAGUGCAGUGGGUGUGGGAGUCAGACUAUUGCAGGCUGUGUGUGGAGGUGUGUCCACUGUCUGCGCUACUAUCUGUGCACUCCGUGCUACAUGAAGGACAGGCAUAGCGUGUGGCAUCAUUUCACGAGGAUGGACUCUCCAGAGAACCCCAGACAGAGGACGAGAGUGCGGUGUCGGUACCUGUCAGGGCGUGUUGGGGCCAGGGGGGUGUUUGUGGGAGCCAGAGUUGUGCGUGGACGAGACUGGAGGUGGAGUGAUCAAGAUGGAGGUGCGGGGAGAGAGGGGACUGUGGUGGAUGUGUGUGGAUGGCAGAGCGAGAGCUCAAGAAGUGUGGCAGUUGUGGAGUGGAGAGAAUCAGCUCUGAAGAGAAAGUACCGACUCGGACACAAGGGCAAGGUGGAUCUGCAGAGUACAGUUGCAGCUGAAGGAGGACACUGCUAUCUGGACCACCUACCACUACUAGGUUUUUUAUCAGACAACUCUCCGUUCAGGAUCAGAAUACAGACCUUCAAUCUCCUUUAUCUCUGCUGGUGACAGGGUGCUUCUCGAGGCAGAUCUCAUACAGUCCUCGCAGGAGGAGAUAGGAGCACAGGAUACCGCCGCCGUUUUUGAAAUACUGGGGGAAGUGGGUAUGGUGAACAGUGUCCACUUAGAUGAAAAGAUAGCCAAAGUCUUUUUCCAAGGACGAGGUUCUGGGGUGACUGUUGCUACUAAAUCCUUGAAGAGGGUGGAGGGCCCAGACGUAUUUCCUGAUGAUGUUGUACGAGUGAUUGAUGAUAUGGCAGAGGUCCACAGACUGGUUGGCCGUGCUUGGUGUGAUGAUAUGGCUCUAUGUCUAGGUCAGUUGGGUCGUGUGGAAAGAUUUCUGAAUGAUGGAUCGACAGUAGUGAAGGUCAAUGGAAGGAGGUGGGCACUAGAUCCUCAAUGUCUUAUACCCACUCCUGGAGAACAGCCUGAGGAUGAAGAGGCUGAGGUGGAACCAGAAGUCGGUGUUGAGAUGUUGAUGGUAAGAGUACUGAAGGAGGCCAGUGAUGACCUCGUGUUCAAAGUCGCAGCCUACGGAAACUCUAAAUUACUUGGAGACAUUCUCAAGAAGUUCCCCGAGAAAGUGGAUAUGAUGUACAAAGGGAAAACUCUGCUUCAUAAGGCAGCAGCUGAAGGAAGUAUCAAUGCUGUCAGAGUGCUACUGCACCACAAGGCAGACGUUGCAGCAAGAGAUAUUGACGGUAAAACACCUCUGCACACUGCAACUCACGUGUAAGUUUAUCCCUUAUUGUGUUUCUUGUCUCACCUGGUCAUAAUCUUGGUGAGCGAAGUGAACCUGCCUAGUUGUCUGAAUGUGGAAUUUUUACAUGUACAACAUGGUUGUAACAUGUUCAGGCUUUCACCUAGUGACCUCACCCCUCUUUGUACCCCUUGUAUUAUGUACAACGAGACGUUUUACCACCACGAGAGAGAGAGGACGGGCACUGCACGUACCGUAAUGUUUAGCAAUCGCUACCAGAUAGCUAAAGUGCUACUGGAUGAAGGGAGUGAUGUGAAUGCUAGGAGCAGUGUGCAACAUACUCCGGUCCACAUUGCCACCAUCUGGGGUUAUUCCAGACUUCUUUCACUUUACCUCAGCCAUCCCAAGUGCCAGGUUGACCCUCUGAAUGAGCUAGGCAGUACUCCUCUGUGCAUAUCUUCCCAGUGCUACCGACUGAACAUAACGAGACAGUUGUUAGAAGCUGGAGCUGACCCAACUGUGAUAUGUAGGGAUGUCAACUCUUUCGUACAUGCUGCCUGUAAGGAAUACUUUGCAGGAAUUGAGCUGUAUAUGCAGUACCACCAAGGACUAAUCAACCUCACAAGGCUUGACAAUGGCUACACUCCACUGCAUUUGGCAACUGAAGAGGACUGCUAUGAUGCUCUCUGCCUCCUUGCUGCCAUAGAUACCUGCGACCUGGAGAAAAAGACACACCAAGGUUUCAAUGCACUGCAUUUGGCCAGUAUUGAGGGGAAUAUCAGGAGUAUGGAGAGUCUGGUGGGCUAUGGAGCUGACGCAGGGGCACUAGACUCAGAGGGAGUUACUUCACUGCACCUAUUGCUGGCUAAAAGGAAUAUGAAACCUCUGUCGGAGUGGACACUCUACUUGAAUAAAUUCCAUGAGUAUGUGUCAGGAGCUGACAACAGUAUUCAGGAUGUCCCUGUCUACAUCACUGUGGCCUGUUUCCUGGUUAGCGAAGGAGCCAGUCUGGAUAUCAAAUCAUUAGUGGGAAUAACUCCUCUUCAUGUCUGUCCUCCUGAAUACCACUCUCUACUGAAGCUCUUUGCCAGACCUGAAAGGAGAGGUAAUUAUAGAGGGAGCCUGCCCAAACAUCCUCCUCCUGUCCCCAGACUCAUCAAUACUCAGACAAAGGCAGGGACUAAUAGUGAAUUAGUCAAAAUGCCCAUAAAGAAGACCACACCCACUGGCAGUAAGGCCACACACCCUGAGGUCUCGGUGUCUGGAGGGGAGAUGGAGGAGAGUGAGGUGGACUCUGUGACUGGACCAAGUUGCUUUCUCUGUGAGGGGCCAUGUGAUAUCUCCUUCCAGCCGUGUGGACACACUGCCAUGUGUGCCACGUGUGCCCAACCUGUCAAAAGAUGUCCCACCUGUCGGACUGAUGUUUUAAAGGCGGUGAAGAUAACACUUUAGACAACCAAUAACAAAACUUAGUCCAGCAAUCACUUUUUAUACCAUUUUUCUGAGUAAAACCUAGCAAAGUUACUGAUUUUUGAUCUUAAAUUAAUUGGUAAAGGGCAGUAUGCUGUGCUGACUGAGAGAGGAUG